GAGUGAGGGCGGAAGGGGCCGGGGCAGGGACGUGGCCGGGGCGCGGCCAUGGCGGCGGCGAAGCCCGGGGGAGGCACCGGCACCAACCUGCUCUUUUCGUCCUCCGCCACCGAGUUCAGCUUCAACGUGCCCUUCAUCCCCGUCAGCCAAGCGCCGGCCGCGCCGCCCGGCCCCGCGCUCCUGCCCGCCGAUGAUUCUGCAGAUGCUGGGGAAGAGGACAGCUUCUUGGGUCAGACUUCUGCCAGCCCCAACCCGCCACAGACUUUCAGCUACUUCUCUCAAGUUCCCAGUAGCCGCGAUCCCUUUGGAAGUAUUGGGCAGCCACCCUUAACAACUGUUUCAACACCUGUCGGAACACCAGCCUUCUCCAGACCUCCCACUUCACUUCCACUCGUGUCUGGGUCACAGGAUGGGCAAAAUGCCUUUUCACCACAUAUUCCCAAAUCCCAGUCUUACAGUGCACCGCCCACUUCCCAGGUGGGAAUGGCGCCUUAUCAGCCCCCUCAGCAGAGCUGUCCCCCGCCGGCCAGCACUGCCCUGCCCGCAGGGACCCCCCAGCAGGGCUAUAACCCCUACAGGCACACCACCCUGAGCAGCAGGGCCAACCCCUACCUCACCCCGCCCCAGCUGCAGCAGAGCCACCCCCCUGCCACAGCUUCUCCUGUGCCACCUGUGCAGAUGUACCAGACACCCCCGGGGCCACUGACCCAGUUUCCACAGUCCCAGCCCCAGCUCCAGCCUGCCAGGCCUGCAGGGCCCCUGGUCCCAGCCCCUCCUGUGCUGCUGCAGAACCAAUACGAGCCAGUUCAGCCGCACUGGUUCUACUGUAAGGAGGUGGAGGACAAGCAAAUAUGGAUGCCAUUCAGCAUUCUGGAUUCUGCAAAACUAGAGGAGGUCUAUAAUUCUGUCCAGCCUGACCCUGAGAGCGUGGUGCUGUGCACGGACGGGGGCCGCUACGACGUCUUCCUGUACGAGCGCGUGAGGAAAGCCGUGUACUGGGACGAGGAGCCCUCGGAAGUGAGGCGCUGCCUGUGGUUCUACAAGGGAGACAAGGACAGCCGCUUCAUCCCUUACACUGAGGAUUUUAGUGACAAAUUGGAGGCAGAAUAUAAAAGGGCAGUAACUACAAAUCAAUGGCAUCGACGACUUGAAUUUCCAAAUGGGGAGACAAUUGUUAUGCAUAAUCCCAAGGUCAUAGUUCAGUUCCAGCCUUCUGCCACACCAGAUGAAUGGGGCACCACUCAGGAUGGCCAGGCAAGGCCAAGGGUAGUGAAACGUGGAAUUGAUGAUGACCAUGAUGAGAUUCCUGAUGGAGAAAUGUCCCAAAUUGACCAUCUGGUAUUUAUGGUUCAUGGCAUAGGUCCUGUAUGUGACUUGAGGUUUAGAAGCAUUGUUGAAUGUGUUGAUGAUUUCAGGACUGUUUCUCUGAAGUUGUUGCAGACUCACUUUAAGAAGUGUUUGGAGGAACGCAAAGUGAGCAGGGUGGAAUUCCUUCCAGUUCACUGGCACAGUUCUCUGCAUGGAGAUGCAACAGGUGUAGACAGGAACAUAAAGAAAAUCACUUUGCCGAGCAUUGGUCGCCUGAGGCACUUCACCAACGAGACGCUGCUCGACAUCCUGUUCUACAACAGCCCCACCUACUGCCAGACCAUCGUGGAUAAAGUGGGCAUGGAAAUGAACCGCCUGUAUGCGCUUUUCAUGAGCCGCAACCCCGACUUCAAAGGGGGAGUCUCCGUGGCUGGGCACAGCUUAGGUUCCUUAAUUCUAUUUGACAUAUUGUCUAACCAGAAGGACUUGGCUUCAUCAGUAAAUUCUGGACCAUUCUCUGGUGUUAAUGGGAGUGUGAAGGAUGUGGCUGUUCAUGAUAAACAGAUGACUGAAGAUACCAGUUCCUUGGGCUCCUCCAUUGCUACUUCUGGUGAUGAUCUUUGUGAGCCUGAAGCGGAUGAAGAUGUUCCUACUUUGCAGAAGACUCUGGAAAUGCUCAGUCUGUCAGAGUACGCAAGCACCUUUGAAAAGGAGCGAAUCGACAUGGAGUCUUUGCUCAUGUGUACAGUUGAUGACCUGAAGGAGAUGGGGAUACCUCUUGGACCAAGAAAGAAAAUAGCUAAUUUUGUAAAAGACAGAGCAGCCAAGCAGGAACAGAAGAAAGCAGUGGCAGAAAAGAAAGCAGUGCUGGCUGCCACACUCCAGACUCAGGAAGACACCCAGAAACCAAAAGAAGCAGUUUCUUCUGUCUCCCCUUCAGAGUCUGGUCAGAUGCACUCAAAGAGGAGGCUCCCAGUUGGUGCAUCUGUGUCUUCUGUGAACAUUGACUAUGAGUAUUUUGAAGUUGGAACUGGCCAGGUUUCUGUGGUUUACAAUGCAUUGGACUUUGAACCAGAUAUUUUCUUUGCUCUUGGUUCCCCCAUUGGUGUGUUCCUUACUGUGAGGGGUGUGGAGAAGAUUGAUGAAAACUACAGGCUCCCUACCUGCAAGGGGUUCUUCAAUAUCUAUCACCCACUUGAUCCCGUAGCUUACAGGUUAGAACCAAUGAUCAUUGAAGACCUGGAUUUAAAACCAGUUCUCAUUCCACAUCAUAAAGGCAGAAAAAGACUUCAUCUGGAGCUGAAGGACUCUCUCUCUCGUAUGGGAUCUGAUCUGAAGCAGGGCUUUAUUAGCUCUUUGAAGAGUGCAUGGCAGACCCUUAACGAAUUUGCACGUGCUCAUACAUCUUCAACCCAGCUGCAAGCAGAACUGGAGAAAGUGGCUAACCAAAUUAAAGAGGAGGAAGAAAAGCAGGUGGUGGAAGCUGAGAAGAUCACUGAAAGCCCAGACCCUCCAAAAGAUGAAGAUGUUUCAGUGAAGGUUGGAAUGCUAAAUGGAGGGCGUCGCAUUGAUUAUGUUCUACAAGAGAAACCAAUAGAAAGCUUCAAUGAGUACCUGUUUGCUUUGCAGAGUCAUCUGUGCUACUGGGGAUCUGAAGACACUGCCUUGCUGUUUCUCAAAGAGAUAUACAGGACUAUGAAUAUCAAUCCUGAGCAGCCACAGCAUUGAUGUAUGAGCACAUGAAUUUCCAUACCUGUUGCUCCAGCAGACCUGGUGAAAAACCCUCUGAAGAACAUCUGGUAUUUUCAUAGUUGCACAUGACAGGAUAAGCAUCAGGGGUUUUUUUUCCUAUCAGUCCAGAACUUGCUUGGAUUCUACCUUCUUGUGUCACUUCAGGCAAACUUAAAUUAUGAGAUGAUCAGCACUGUCAUUCAGGAGAUGGAUGGAAUGACAGAGUUUUGAUCUUAAAUCAGUUUAAUUGUACCAUUGCUGAAUACAAGGUGAUUGAAGAAGGUUUUUUUGGCAUGCAAAUCGUAACUUCUCUCCUUCAGCUCUCCUGUCUCAGCUGGCUGCUGGACAUGCUUUGCCUACCAAGGCAGCAUGUCCUUAGUAAAAAAGACUUGUUGAGGAACAGCAAUAAUCUACUUUUCUUGACACAUUUGUUCAUCCACCUUUAAGAAAUGAAAUGUGAACUGUAGUUAUAACCAUCUUUAAUACAGAUUACACAAACCAGCUCGUAUUUACUAAAAACUAGCAACUAGAAUAAUUUUCUUACUAUUGUAAGUGUGAUGGAGAUUAUUUUAUAAAGACCUUUUUAAGCCUCUGUUAAGAGUUUUAUUGUGGCUUUUUUUUAAAGUAAAAAUGAACCUUUGCCUUUGAAAAUAUUACAAGUUUGUUACAGCUCGUUCAGUGUUCACAUAUUCUGAAAUGAGGAACAAUUUAAAAUGACAUUUUGAUCUGGUAAUUACAGAAUCACAGACUGUUCUAAGUUAAUUAAGGCAAUUUUAGUGAAACCAGGCUGCAGUUGUGAGAACUAAAACACUUACCUUGACCUUGGAGUUUAACAUCUCAAAACAGUUAUUGUAAAUAGGAACCCAAAGCUUAUGGGUGCUAGAUAAUAAUCUAGAUCCAACCCUGCAAUCCAGACUCCAUUUUCAUGCAGUGAGGUUGAGGUGAAUUAGGUAUUGUGAAAUCCUUGGAAUUCAUGUCUCUGAAUACUGAACUUCUGUAGCUUUCAUUUGGCUUCAAUUUACACACACAUUGUGGCUUUCUUUAAUAUUAGUGGCUUAACCUUAGUCCUGACUAUUUGCCUCUGUUAUUGCAGUAAACAAAUUUUGAAAUGAAGUAUGGUUUUUUUUUUCUUGAUAUAUGUAAAAUACACAUUAUUGUGUAUAUAAUUUGAUUGCUGUAAUUGAAAUUACCUUACUUCCAGUGGGUCUUUACAACAAGGUUUUGUAUUUAAUCACAAAAAAUAGCUUGGAGAGGUUGCUUAGACCAACUUUGCUGCUUAGGGCUUUGUUCAAGGCUGGAGAUCCUUUGCCUCUCUGGCCCUGUUGUAAUGGUUGACUACUGUGAUUGCAAAUUUUUUUUUAAUACACAGUUGAAAUUUUCUAGGUGGAGCUCGUGUCUGUGGCCUUUUGUCCUUUCUCUGCAUCUUCAAGAAUAACGUCUCUGUCUCUUGCACUCUUAUGUUUCAUAGUUGAGGACAACAACAAGAUUUUCCUGUUUGGCUUCUCAAGACCCAACGCUUUUCUUGGCAUCUCCUUGCCUGCCAUGUGCUGUGACCCUCUAGUCAGUCUCGGGGCUUCCCACUAAACUGGCUUUUCAAAAUCCUUUUUUGUUCUGGGGAACAAGUUUGCCAAAGGAAACUUUUUAUCGAAAACAGCCAAAUGUCUUUGUAUCUUUAAAAACUAACCUCUAAGACAGAAUUGUCUAAGUUUUACAAUGUUCUUUGAUAGUUGGAAUACAAAUUUUUUUAAUAUAUAUACACAACAAAAACCUCACUGGCCACUCAACAACAAAGACCACUGGCCUCAUUUUCAUCAUAAAUAUCACAGAGUAGAAGGUUAUGUACACUUGUAUUUAUCAACUCUGUGCCACACUGAGCAUGCUGAUGAGUUUGCUUAAAUAGCAUUUUUAAGAAGCUGCUGGGCUGUGACACAUCCCCCUGGGAGGGGCAGUAGCACCAAGGAACAGAUUUUAUGGGUGUGUGAGAGGAGUUGGUGCAGGGGGACCCUGGCUGGCAAGGAGCUGCCUCUGCAAUGGAUGGGUGCACAGGAGGAUGCUGCAGGAACCAGGACCAUCUGGAGUGCAGAAAUUGGUUUGGGAAUAUGGCAUAAAAAUUAGUUCUAGUCAUAUAAAAAAAAAAAUUGGACUGCAACUACAAGCCAUUCUCACUUCUUAAAAGCAAAUGGAAGUUUAGACAUAAAGGAAGGAAAAAUGACUGUAACCUAUGGUUAUAGAAAACAAAGAGAAAUAAAAUAAAUAGAGUUUAUAGAGUGAUUUUAAAUCUGCUACAGAUGAAUACAUUACUUCCUCAACAGAAAUCUUCCUUGUGUGCUGCACCAUACACACCACAGCACAGCUUCCAGUAGCUGCUGCUGGUUUUGAUUUAUUUUAAUAUGAAUUAUAAUGCAUAAUGAAACAGAUAAGGCUAAUUAAACUCUAAUUAGUCAAUCCACAUACAAAAAUUAUAGGUUUUCCCUGCUGUAUUUUCAUCUUUGCUUAAGUGGUUGUAAACAAUUAAAAAAAAAAAAAGAUUGUCCAGAAUAGAUUUUUUAAAAAAUCAAAAUCACUGUGGAACAGGGCAUAGUAGGACAUGAAAGGAGGUGGAAAUUUUUAUUAAUUAAUUCCAAGCAAAAACAUCAGAGCCUCUCUGAGAAAUCCAGCACCUUUCCAAAAAAUUCCCAUUUGGACAAAAGUGAAUUUUUCAUUGAAAACUUUUUCUUUUGGAAAACUUUGUAUCCACUGCUUCUCUCCUGCUGUUCUAGGAUUCACUGCCUCUGCCACUAGGAAUCUUCCUAUCCUUUGGGAACACCUCCUCACACAGCUGUUCAUAAAAGUAGCAUAGUUAAAUAAUUUCUCCUUCUGCUGGGAGAUGUCUUGCAUAGCACAGAAAAUUUCCAGUAACUCUGCUGGAGUUGUCCUGGUCCUUUCCCAAUGAAUGCUAUAUUAAUGUUUAUAACUUCAUGUCAACAAACAUUUUACAAACUCUGUCUAAAAUGCUAUUUCCAUAAUAUUCUCCCUGAUUCCUCCCUGCAUGUGAUUUUUUUUUUUAACAUGUGAUGAAUAAUAAAAUCUAGCAUUUCAUUUUUCCUACAAAAUGAUCGGUGCUAGGAUGCUGUUGGUGGAGACUGGCUGUUCAAAUAGGAGCAGGGAUUGGGGAGCAGCCCUUUGCAGAGCUGUGUUACUGAACUAUUAUUUUUAAUCAUCCCUUUGAAUUAGGAUGUGUUCCCCAGAGUUGAAAUUAAAAAAUCCCAUUAAUUUCUGUUUAAUAAUGGGAAAUAUUAUUUCACAUGCCUGUUCCCAUUUCAGUGCUCUUGGCAUACUUGUGCUUAACCCAAAUGGUGCAGUCACUGACACCUAGUUGGAUUUAAUAGGAGCAAUCUGGGGAUUUUUUUCACACUGUUCUAACAGCAACUCUUAAACUCUGAGCUUGUCUCUAGACUCGAUUUUCAUAACUGUAGAUCAGGAUUAACUUCCCAAAGGCUGAUGGAACCACUCCAGUGUAAAUAUGAUUGCAAACAGCCUGCAGGGCAUUUCCACAGAGCCAGUGAGGGGCUUUUUAUUGGCUUCAGGUGCAGAUUUACCAGUGAUGACUCCUGAAGAGUUCCCAUUUUCCCAUGGUGACAGGAAUGGGGUGAAGGGAAGCAGAAGAUGGGCUCUGGGUUCCACACAGCUCCUGGAUGUCUCCCCACCAGCCUAGGCAGGAGGCUGAGGGAAAAUGGGCAUUGCAGCAGUGAGCUGGGAUCUGGAGCAUCCAAAGGGGUCAUUAGAGCAUCCUUGGCCCUGCAUGUGGGGGUUUGACCAGGAACAUGGGAAUAUGUGAACCUUACGUUCUUCUGCUGUGUGGUGCAAAUGGGUAAGAAAAGCAGGAAUGUAGAUGUCAUCCACACCUUCCUAUGGACAGAAAAGCAUAAACUGCUCUGCCCUCUGUUGCAAAGCCCAAAGAUUGAAGUAUUUGUCUUUUUUCCACAGUGGAAAUUUUCAGUGACCUGAGCAGAGGUGGCCAUGAGUACAGGGUUUGCUCCCAGCGCUCAGCUGAGCUGUUGGGAGGGCAGAGAAGCCCACCUAAUGCACCCUCUUGAAGGUAAAAUGCAGUUCCCCAAAGUGCAGGAGGAGUGGUGCUCAGCUCAAUGGCUCUUAAAAUGCAGGACUCUCAGGCUUCCUUUACAUAUGGAGGCUGUAAAAGAAAUAUCUUUUAUAUGUCAAUAAACCAGCGUCAGAUCCAUAUAAAUCCAGGCAAUCAAAAGUGAAGUGUGUCUAUUUAAGAGAUGGUUAUAGAGAACAAAGGCCUGAGAGGAGAACAAAUCCAGCAGUUGACCUUGUAGCUCACUUUCUGCCAAAAAUGAGUUCAAAUAACUUUUAAUGUAAUCUUAUUAAAGUGGCCUCAUGAGCACAACCAAAGCAACGUUUGUGCUUGAGAUUGCUCUAAGUGCAUGAGUAGGGACAGGGUUUAUUCAGACACCAGGAGCUCACUUGUGUGUAGUCAGAAGCCAAGUUUUCCUAAGCUGAGGUUUGUUUUGGGUAUUGCUUAUUCAUCUGUUGGUAGCUUAGGGGAUUCACGGUGUUCUCUGCAUUGCAGGAUGUUCAGGUAUGAUUGUCCUGUCCCCAGUGUUCUGUCUGCACAAAGGACUAAGAAAAUUCAGCUCUGAAUUUCUAAAUAAUUAGCUCUAGCUCUAGUAGCCACCAGGGAGGGUCUAAAGUGGUGUGGAAGGGAUCUGGAGAAGGGAUGUGAAAGAGAAUCCAAUCUGAGAUUUCUGCCCAUAUAAAGUAGCCAGGAAAAGGGGAGCUCAGCUUUGUCAUGGCAAAUACUUCCUCUGGUUUUUCCCCUUUGCUUCUCAGUGGAAGCUCCAUGUGGAGAAAAUACUGACAGUGAAAAACAGGAGUUGCAGCCAGAGAGCAGAAAUAAAUCACCUCCAAAAGUCCUUCAUGAAGGUGGCAGCGUUUCUGCAAAAUACCUUGGCUAAAUGAUUUGUUAAGGAGCCAUUCUUCUUCAGAGCUGAGCUCUGUCAGUAAACAAGAUUAGUUUUGCUUUUCAAGCCAUCCUUUGUACAAAUAUAUGUGGUUUCAGGCACUGGAAGCCCCUUUGUUAAUAGGGUCACGAUACAAGUUUAUUGAUAGAGAUGUGGCGACAUCUCAUAUUGAAUGAUUUGUGAAAUUCACUUAGGAGAUAGCACACUUAGAAAACAGUGGUGCCUGACAACAGCAUCAGAAGAUCUAUUAACAGAAACGACAAACUGAGAUGGAAUUGACAAUCAGGUACAAAUGCAUAUGUAUAUCCUAUGUGUUUAUGUAAAGAGGCACCUGUUUGAAAAGUCCUGAGGACAGAAGAGGGAUCUCUCCUGUAACAUCAAUGCUUGAUUUGUGAAGAGACUGAGAACCUCUGCCCUGGAAGCCCUGUAACCUCUGAAACAGGAGCUCCUUGCAGCCUCAGUGCCUGGGCACAGAGGACUGCUGGAGCAGGAGCUGCAAUAAACUGGUUUUGGCUCCCAAGUCCCCCUGAGCUCGCCCAUCUGUGCAAAACUGCUCUGUGCACCCAGGUGUUUUAUUAAUCAUAAACUGGAAGAUGAAAUAAAGAAGUGCCAAAUACAUGUGCAGAUGGUGGGCAGCUUCUUCAGCCUUUUGUCCUUUAUUUUGAUAAUAGAUCCCACGUCUAACCUUUCCUCCAGGAGAAAUUAUACAAGUUAUAAACCUUCUAAGAUGUAUUGAGCUGAAAUACACUUGAGUUAUUUUAACAUGUCCCAAAUAUUUUUUAAUACGACCUUGACUUGUUGCCUUUCUUUUAAAUGGCAUUAAGUUCAAAAUGCCAGCUGCAGCAGACCACUAACACAGCAGAUUCAAGGUAGGGGUGGAAAUGCAUCUGUGCUGUGUUCAAAGGGCUUAUGUCAAGCUCCUUUUACUCUAAUGUGAACUUAGUAAUUAAUUCUGCAAUCACUCAGGUGGUGUUUUGACAUAUUUUGAGUAGUAACAUCACCCUGCAAGCCUCUUCCCCUAUUUUGAUCACUCAGCUGCCUGCUUGGAUGUGUCUGUGCAGCUGUGAGGCCACUCAGUGACCUGGACUCAGGUUCAAAGUAGUUCAGAAGGAAAAAAACCCUUUUUCCUCUGGUUCAGCUCCUGGUUCUGGUGAACCAAACAACUCUUCAGCCACAGCAGAGGUGACAGCUUGGGGAUGUGGAAUUUAGGCCAGCAACACUGCUGGAAGGAAGUGCCCAUCGAGCUGUUCCUUUAGUGGUUUAUGUGACAACAACUAUUUUUUUAUUAUUUGAUGUAAAAACAUGUAACAGACUUUCUGUCUGCAACAACAGCUCCUCAGGUAUCAUUUGGUAUCUGUGCAGACUGGACUGCUUAGCAGAUAUCUUCUUCAUUCUUUAAUCUGACUCAUUGUUACAAUGUAUAAAGGAUUUUUGUGCACUAAUGUCCAUGAGAGGCUUUUAGCCAGGCAGUCUCCUGUUGACUACAAGCAAAUAUCCUCAGCAAAAAAUCUCAAGUACCAUUAGCACAGGAGUAAAAAUCCUUUGGGCAGCCGGUGUGUGCUGAACUCACAGUGUGCCUAAUUUGCUGAUAAAUGUACCUUGUUAGGUAUCAUUUUCUCCAGAUAGGCAUUGACCUUUCCUUGGAUUUUGGCAGGAGGUUCAUAGUUAAAGUACAAGAUAAUUAAUGGCCUAGCUAAUCAUAUCAGAUGUUGUACUGGAAGCACUGAGGGUAAAGCAAUUAGGGAUUAGUUCUGUAGAAGUUAAAAUCAUCUGUAGGCUAAAAACAUUGUGGGCUUGAGCUUGGCCAGCAGUGAAACUUUGGGAGUUUGUAGGAAGGAUGAACUUUCAAAACAGGUAUAAAUUCAAUGAGCUUAACCUUGGUGCUUUAUCAGCCACAGCCUAAGGAAAGCUUGAGGCAUCCUGUGCUUUCACUACCAGGGGUCAGGAUUUUGAAGUUCACCAAAUUUAUUUAAAAUUGAAGCUGAUGGUUGGACAGGGAAGGAAUUGAAAAGUUUGUACAACCUUAAUUGCUGGAAAUUGUUAAGAAAAACAGUAUGAAGAAUGGAUUUGGGGGUAAAAUAGAAAAACCUUUUGCAGAAAAGUUGUCUGUGCAGGCAGCUGGACCCUCCUGUGGCUGAGCAGCUCCUGGUGUUUACCUGGCACAGUACCUGGGAUGCCCCUGAUGGGAGCAUGACUGGGCCUCUGCUGGGCUUCUUGCUCCCUUAUCCUGCCUGAGGAAAAUGCCUCAUUCCAAAAACCCUUCCUUGCCUGGUGCAUCGAGUCUAAGCUCAUUUCUUCUGGUCGCAGAGCCAGCUGUGAGGGCUCAGAGCCUGCAGGAGGGCUCAGCUCUGCCCACACGAUGUGUCUGCAGAGAAAUGAAAUAAUAUUUCAUUUUCCUUUUACUGCUCUUCAUUCCAGGUAUCUCUGACUGUAACUCUCCAAUGCACCCUUGCAGCUCCUUGCUAAUCAAAGCCAUAUUCUGCAACAUUGUUUUUUUACACUGCCCACAUUUAUUAUAUUAGAAUUUCCACCGGGACAGAGCAGCCAAUGCAGCAGAAUGGUUACUGUAAAUAACCCUGGAUCUGGGUGAAACAAGCAGGAGUCCAGAAUGUGGACUUGAUGAUGUUAUAAUAUACCAUAUUAAAUGCAAAUAACAAGGCAGUAACCUGCAAGACAUCAGUGCUAGAAGAAGGAAUUCCUACUGGCAAAGGGCGAUGCAAAAAUAUUCACUGCCUGGCUUAAACUAGAUUUGAUCAUUACAAACCUACAAUUUACAGCCUAAAUUAGGCUUUUGAGUUGAAAACAUUAUUUCUACCUUAACUUAUGGAUGUGGAAGCAGAGAAAACACCAGAAGUAGGGACAGAUGGCUUGUCAUCUUUGCAAGCAGUUCCCUUAGGAAUGUACCAAAUUUCAGAUACAAUGAAUAUGUGCCACUUGCCAAGAUUUGUUUCAGAGCUCCACAAUCCACUGCCUCCAGAGCUGCACAGGAAAGGUCUAUGUGAAGAGCACAGCUCUCUGGAUGAAUUGUCUUUUUAGGUACCUAAGAGAGUGAUCAGAAAAUCCCAUUGGAAUAUAAGGGAAGAGAGUCUGUUCUAGAUGCCUGAUAAACCACAGAAGUCAUGCACAGCACGUCUGAGGACAGACAAGAGCAGUACAAUUCCUUCUGUGUCCCCUGCAGUUUUUUGGUGGUGUGUCUGACCAUGUCUGGGCUCCAAAAUAUGCUGCCAAUGUUUUAACAAGAGCUUGCUACAGAUAAAAAGUGUUCCUGUCCAACCUUGCCCAUUAUCCAGUGGUAAACUUCAUGUGCCAGUGUCAGCCUGCAAUGCAAAGGUAAUAAAUGUCUCAUUUCUUGCUCUCUUGAGGGCACUUUAAAAUAACAAUGAACUCCACAAUCUUUACCUUUUCAUGCUGAGUUUCAGGAAAGAAUUCCUUCAGGAGGGAAAGGAGUUUCUUAAAUUCUCUUCAGUUAGGGAAUUUCAGCACAUAUUAUUAAGGACUUCACCUUCAGCACAGCGAGUUACAGACUUGGGGCCAAGCUUUGUGCUGAUAUAUAUUGCAGAACUCCAGCUCUAACAAAGGAGCUCCAGCAAUGCCUGCCAGCAAUAAAAGCAAACCUUGUGUUUAUCUUGGCAAGACCCUGACUUGCAUUCUAUCUAAAGCCAUAAAAUGCUACUAUUAGCCCCGAAUCCAUUGCAUCUGAGCAAUGAGCUUCAGGAUUCAAUUAGUGUAUCAUUAUUAAUAUGCACAAGAGGCUGGCUCUAAGUACCAUUCGUAGAGAUAAUGACAAUGCCUUUCAGUCAGGCAAGGAUGGUGCCCAUGAGAUACCCUGUACUAAACAGAGACCCUGAUACUGUGUGUGCAUAGUGUGUUCAUGUCCUGAAAAAAUAGCAGCUGGUUUAAACACAGCCUGGAUGUGUAUUCUCAAACACAGACCAGGGUCUGCCCUGCACUGUGGCAGGGGAGCCCUGAUAUUUCCCUCUGCUGGGGAAUUAUGGCUUUUAGGAGCUCUAUUGUAUUGGCCAUUAUAUAUACAUAUAUAUAUGUAUAUAUACAUAUAUAUACUGCAGAACUUGCUUUAAUUUUAUCUUCUUGAGGGUGCUUGAGCAGAAACUAAUUGGCUGUUUUUCAUGCCCAGUACGGAAUGUGGGAAGUACCAUAUAAAAUGAGGAUUAAUCAUGUCAGAAAUGGAAAGUCAGUUGAAAGAGAAUGGGAGUUUGUUAGUGCUUCAGUAGGAUGCAAAUAUGGCUUGGCAUGAUUUUGGAGAGCAAGUCCUGCUGACAACCUCCUGCCCUUCUCUCCAUGGCCAGUUCAGUCCACAUCUCUGCAAAGGCAGUUUACAAAAAUGUGAAGCAAAAUGUAUGUCCAGAGAUCCUAUUUGAAUGUGAAAAUAACCAUGAUGGGCCCUUCCUUUUAAGCUCCAAGAUGUAAAGGGGAAUGUAAGUGUUCAUUGGCAUUAAAUAGUCAGAUACAGGAAUAAAGGAGGGCAAAUAAAAUGUUAAUACCUCUACCUUGCUCUGAGACAAUAAUUUGUCUUGCAGCAUAAAUUGAUUAUGCUCACACAGACUUUUCCUGAGAAGGUGUUUCAAGAGGUGGGUCUUCAUUCAAAUUUUUAUUCAGGAACAGGGAAACAGAGCCAUGGAAAUUAAUUAAAAUUUCUUCUGUGACAUGGGAAGGAAAGAACAGCAGCAAGACAUUUUUCCAGAGAAAAAUGAAUAGUGUGAGAUACUCUUGCUCGUGCCAGUCCCCCCACAGCCAGCAGUACCCUCCUGUCCAGAAAGGUUCCUUCACAGGGAAAUUUCACCUGGCCUAAGUUGUUUUUUGGGAAGUAAAACUUCCCAAUGGUCUAUCCUGGUUUUCCUGCUCUGGCAGCAGAUCGUUUUUUCCCAAGAAGCAGAGAAAUAAGAGAAGCAAAGGAAGGAGCCCUGUUGAAAUUCAAUCCAUUCAUCCUUCUUGUCAUCCCUGUGCAGUCAAGCUCUCUCAUAUUUCUUGAGGAGACACAAGGGCCAUUUAAUCUCUUGGAAGGAAGAGUUGAUGAGCCAGAAAUCGAAUGAAUUAUUAGCAAGUGCAGAUUCCGUGGGAGAGCAAUACACGCAAUGUUGACCUUGUGUAAGAGAAUUUGUGUGCAAGAUGUGAAACCAAACACUGAUGAUUUUUUUCUUCCUUUAGUUUUAACUCUAAGCAGUAAAGAAAGAAUUGCAGGUUGAAAUUCUACCAACCUGGAUGGCCUAUGUUAACUAUUCUGUGAUGUUGGUCAUGAAAACCAAAUUUCAGAAGUUUUCUCUCUCAGGCACUUCAGUUGUAUCUAUUAAUGUUGUCAGGUAACUUAGGUUUUGUGAGAAGGCAAAAUUCUUUUUGUAGGAUCAAAUAUUGAUUAACUUAUAUUCUUGUAUUUUCAUCUUGUUGAAAUGAAAGGAAAGGUUUACCCAGAAAUCUCUCUGAGCACUUCACAUGUUACAAAACCCUGUUAAAACAUGACAUUCCAGGAAGCAAAGUAAUGACGCAUGUUUUUAUUGCCCAAGACAUCUAAUGUGUGAGUGGUAAAUUGCUGAAGAGAAGAUCAGAUUUUAAAAGGUUCUUUCAGAUUUAAUAACAUGGAAUACUAUCAGCAGCACAGGUAGGGCUUUGUUUUAAUAAGAUUUUUCAGCUGUCAAUUUAAAAAAAUCCCCCAAAUCAAUACUUUAUAGGCAGGACAGCUGCCACAAAAUACGACACCAAGAAAAACAAAACCCUGUUUAACAUGAGAAUGGUUUUCCAUUUUGUUCAUUUCUAUGCUUAGCAGCAUUUAAUUCCUGGAACUAUUUUGGUCCUGAUUACAAAUUACAACUAAUCACAAAAUCACUCCCUUUGGAAACUCUGUCUUUUGGCAUGUUGUGUAACUAACAUUAUUCGUGGAGAUCCUAGCUCAGUUCUGUGCCCAUCAAUCACAGCUUCUUUUGGGUUGUUUUUAAUGUUUUUUAUCUUCUUUCUUCUCUUGGUUUAUUGGUUUCGUGUCAGAAAUGGAAUAUUGCAUGACAGCUCCAUUUAUAUCUAAUCCACAACAUGAAAUUAUGACAUUUCUAUUAUCUCAUAAGAAGGUAACAGUUGUAAUGUGUUCCUGCAGAAGGUAUAAAACUACAUCCAAAACAUUUAUAUUAAAUAGAUGGAAGUGAUCUAAUUAACACAGCAAACUCAACACACAUUAAAAUUGAACUUCAUUCCAAAUGCCUCAUUAAAAUAUAAGAAAAUAAUUAGAAUAAAAUCCUUAAACUAUUAAGAAAAAAAAUUAUUGCCCAAAUACAUUUACACUGGUGAGACAAGUACAGCUUCUACUAUUACCAGUCAGCACAGGAUGAUGUUUUCCCUCCAGUCUAGCUGAAUCAUAAAACUCUAAACUCAUCUAUACAUGUGUCAGAACUGAUAAUCUAAACUGUUAAAUGCAAUCUUUGUAGAUAAGAGAGAAUGAGUUUGUUUUACACCACCUUCAGGAUCCUUUAUAAAUGAAGCUCUGAAAGUAGUUCAGCCAAAAUUAUUUUUUGAGUUUCACUGGUUCUAUAGGAGCAACAGCUCUGCUUUCAAACAGCAACGUGGCCCUUCCAGCCAAAGGCAGGAUGAACCUGGUUACUCUUGGUGAUCUGAUCUGCUGAGGGAGUUUUUGUAGAAGUACCUGUGUCUGUACAAAAUGGGAUGGAAUUGUGCCAACAGCCACCAUCCUCUUUCUAGACAUUACUCUGCUAAAAUUUGAGCCGUUCUAGUGUAGAAUAGGAUCAGUUUUCCUGCAAGCUCAGCAGCCAGACAAGACAGCAAAUAAAGUUGCUGUGGGUAGUCUUUGCUGGUUAAAAUCAUUAACGAUGACUUUACUACCAGCAGCCAUUGCUUGUUUAGUUUUCUUUGCUAUAAACACCAUGAAGAGGCAGCAGGCAGGAACUGAUGCCCAGGAAGUUCCAUCUGAACAUGAGGAAGAACUUCUUCCCUGUGCGGUGACCGAGCACUGAACAGAUUGUGCAGAGUGGGUGUGGAGUCUCCCUCACUGUGGGUAUUCCAGAGCCCCCUGGACACAAUCCUGUGCCCUGUGCUCUGAGAUGGCCCUGCUUGAGCAGGGAGGUGGGACCAGAUGAUCCACUGUGCUCCCUAAAAUCCUGUGACUCUGUGGAAGUCAUGCAGCACUGUACUCUAUUUCACCAUGCUAUGAAAUUUUUAGAGCUAACAAAGAUUUUUCUUAACCAAUCUUAAGAGCUUAGAAAGGGAUUUCCAUUUUCCUUUUCCUGGCACAUUAGCAAAGCUACCGUGGAGCUUCAGGGGGAAUUGCAUCUUAUAUAGGAUGCUUAUAAGCUGCAGCUGCAGCUCACUGAUGUGAAAGCAGAGAGCCAAAAAAUAUAACCCAGAUCAGCUUCACUUCUCUUUUGAUUGCUCUUGCCCUUUCUGUAACUUGUGAAUUCAUUCCUGACUCCCACCAGUGCUCUGACACCUGCAGACACCUUGCUGGGGACAUGCAGAGCCUGUCUCAGCCCCUUCUCCUUUCCCUCUGCCUUUCACCUCCUGCAAAUUGAGGCAAUGGAGGGUAAUUAAAAAUGCUGAAGCCUGUAUCACUCCUAAACAAUGCUGGAGCUGGUUUGCACCACCCGAGGGCCUGGCACAGCUGUGUCACCAUCCUGAGGGCACUAAAAACCUUAGUGGCAACAACCAGCCUCACCUGGGACCUCUACCCCCAGCCCUGGGCUCAGGGAUUCUAUUUAAGCUCAGCCUAUGUGUAAAGAAUGAGAUUACUGUGAAUGAAACAUGAGAAUUUCUCAUUCAGGAACAAUUUGGGGCAGCUCUCUUAUCCCACUGAGCUGCUAUGACUUUCAGUCAAACUUUAAGUACUUCAGAAAGCAUGGUAUUGCCCCAAAACAUCAGGAAGUGGGACCCUGCCCCAAAGCCCAGACAACAUGAUAGAAAAUAUGAAAAUGAAGUAGUGGCAGCAAAGUAUGGAUAAUUAUGCUGAUGUACCCCCCAUGACAUUAAAGUUUGGGGGGAGAUAUUUAGGGAACUGGUGAAUUGCUGUAAUGAAUGUUUGUGACACUCAGAGCAAUGCACAUGCCACUUGUGAUAGCUCAUUUUAGUUCACUCCCCAAAAUUCUCUCUAAACUCCUCAAAUACUGCAUGUUCUUCUGCUGACAUUCCCAGCAGACCAGUUUACCAAUGAAUCCAGGGGUGGGGAGAAUUCUGCAGCAGUGGAUUUGCAGGUGCAGUGGAUUUAGGGAGAGGAAGGACAUGGAAUGAAUGGCCUGCUGCUUCUCCAGCCUGCAUUCACAGGUGACUGUGGCACUUUGCAGAGCAGGAUAGAGGGCUUGGGGUUCAGCUGGAGAAUUAUGGAGUGAUGGCUCCUUUCCAAAACCAUUUUGUGUUGCUUUUUUCUGCCGCCUGCUCUGCUGGAAUUGCAGGGGUUAUUGUAGGAACAGCACUUGAUUAAAGCAGGCAGGGCCAGUGUCUCAUCAGGAAUCUGCCUUCAGCUUGUCCUGCUGAAGUCAGGACAGCAAUGUGACCACACACCAGCUCGUCUUUCUUAAAAGAAGAAAAAUUAACUCAAAAAUCUGUCUAAUUAUUCUUAGCAUGAUUAAAAUAAAAAUAUGUUCUAGCAGAUUGGUUACAUGUGCUUUUUUUUUUUAUCUAGGGCUCAACCUGUUAUGUAAUAUUUCCCAGGGUUCAGUGUCUUUUGUUAACAUCAGUAGAAUCCCUACCAGGGGGAUUUUAUCACCCCUGUGCUAAAUACUGUUGUGUUUGUUGUGUGUCUUUGGUCUCAGUCUGAUGUAACUCAGUGGGAACGAUUUCCUUCCUCUUGAUGUACUUUGGAGUGAAGGAAAGGGAUCACUCUCCCCUUUUUCUGUUCUAAAUAGAUACCAUAUCAGUAUAAUUUUUGCAAAUUCUAUCUCUGAGUGUACAGAGAGAAAAAAUUCCUCCAGGAAAAAAACUUGAUGAAUAGUUCCUGUGAGGUUUUGUUGAAAUUAAAAAUCAUGCCAAAUACAGGGAUUAGAGCCCCAUCACUCAGUUUAUUUUUUAAAAUGUUUUGCUUGAACACUGUUUUCCUUGUACCAGCUAAUGAUAAUAAAUGGGCUGCCAGUAGCAAUCCCA